AAUUAAGUUGUCAGGUGUCUUUGCUCCUUUUCAUGACGAAGCCAAGUGAGUCCUCGGAAGACUAUGACUUUGAUCCAUACCUUAUUCUAAACGUUGCGCGGAACUGUGGACCGGAAGAAAUUAAGAAUGCUUAUCGAAGACUUUGCCAGACAUAUCACCCUGAUAAACACUUGUCGCCAGACUUGAAAAAAAAGGCCACUGAACGAUUUACUGUUUUAAACGAGGCGUUUGAAAUUCUUUCGGAUCCUGAGAAGCGACGGAUCUACGACGAGUUUGGAAUGGAAGGAAUCCGAGCGGUUUCGAACUCUUUGGUGAAAUAUGAAGACAUUAAGGCUCGUUUUCAGCAAAGCGGUCGUGUAACAGGAGGCUCUUAUCAGAAGGACAAUUCUUUUAUUGUCCAAAAUACAGCUGAGGUUCUUAUUGACGCAACAGGUAUUGCUGUGAUUCUCGAGGAUCUUUCUGAGGAAGAAGAUUACUUUGUUGCACCUUUUGCAGUUUCACAGCUGUCACUUGCAACUCGUGCUACUGUUGUUUUGAGUAGGAAGGAUUUCUUGACUUUCCAAUAUCAUAUCCAAAGUAGAAGAAAAAUGUCAACUCAUGGUUUAACCAUAACCACACGCAGACAAUUUUCUUCUAAUUCCUACGGAGAGAUAUCUUAUAUCAUUUCUAGUCAGCGUUCUUUGCUUGAAGGUGUUUUUUCAUGGAAACUUUGGAGGAGACUUUCUGAACGAAGUACGGGUAUGAUCGAGGGCAGUUACUCAUCCGUUCAAGCUCAACCUUUGCUUGCAGUCACAAAUACUCGCCAGCUAAGUCCAAAUACUAGCGCACAGUUGACUUGGACUGCAGGUUUGGCUCCCGGUGUACUAUUUGCAUUUCAAAAUUCACAAGACAGUGGAACUGCAACAGGCUCAAUGAAACUUGGUAUGUUGGACACUUCAGUAUCUUUUGGAUAUAGGAAACUAGUGGGCCAGAAUGGUCACUGGAAGGCUCGGGGUCGCUGGAGCAUUCGUGGUUGGGAGUUGGAAGUUGGAAUCGGCCGGGACUUGUUUUCCUAUGAAGCUGCAUGGUCCGUUAGUGUAAGAGUUGGACUAGACGGAAUUAUUUUGAAGUGCAAAGUGGGGCGAAGUGGUCAUCAACUUCAGCUGCCAAUAUUGGUUGUGGCGCAUCCGUCUCCAUUGUUAGCGAUAGCAACAUCCUUAGUCACAUCUUCCUUGUUUACAUUAAUUCAAAGAGGAAUAAUAGCUCCGUAUCAGUACAAAAUGGAUGCAAGACGAAAGCAAAAGGAAAAGGAAGAAAGAUUGGAGAAGAGAAUGAAGGAGAGAAACGAUGCGUUGACCGCAUUAGAACUAAUGAAGCCCGCUGUCGAACGCUGUCGCAGCCGAGAAGAGAAUGUACCGGGAGGUGGUCUUAUCAUUAUAAGAGCUUUAUACGGAUCAAGCAGGGAAAUCAGUAUUCUGUCGAUUGAUAGCACGCUAGAGAAUACAGAGCAAGUUGCCGAUGUAUCAGACGCCCUUCAAUACUUUGUGGAAGACUCCCGUUUGACCCUAUACGCAACAACGAAGGCUAGACUCAUGGGCUUUUGGGAUCCUACCAUUGAUAGUGAUGAGAAGAAAGUGUUGCAUAUCUGGUAUAAAUUCAAGAAUGCUCUCCACGAAUGUGAAGUUGAUGAUUUCCUUCCAGUGGAAUUGCCAUUGCUGUCGCAUCGAGUCGGAAGCUGCUGAUGCGAUUCUGCUCGUCAUUGAAGAACUUCUUACAGUUCAUCCAUUAACAAGUUUCUACCCUUUCCUUUCCUUUGUGUGUUGAGAGAUAUGAAGUUUUGGCGCUGCUUGCUGGAAUACGGUGUCAUUGUCAUGCUGUCUUUGUAGGCCUUCAACGGAGACUGUUGUCUUGAAGAAUUAGACAUACCAGAGUUUUCUUUAUCGGACAAUGUAGUAUUUACAGUAUCGUUCGUGGGCCCUGAGUUACUAUUGUAGUUCAAAGAGUCUCUCUUGCUGUGAGUUUCUUGAUGGUUAUCUGUCGAUAAAUUUUGGCAACUGCUUCGUAGUCUUGAAGAUGAAGAUAUUUCAGCCAAAUCUAUAUCUUCGACAUCAGAUUCACUGAAUUGAAAACUUUCAGGGUCCAAACAAUUGAUGUUCGAGUCUUCGAGGAAUGCUGAAGUAGAUGAGGCAAUUGUUGUAGAAACGGAUAAGCUUGAAGUUGUUUCUUGUUUGGUGAGUUCAUACACAGUUAUUUUCACAAUUUUGUUUGCAAUUUGCCAUUCACAGUUGUUCAUUCUCGAAAGUUUUUCAGAGAAAUAUGCACUAAGAAAUGUCUUCAUCACCGU